AUGGCGGCCGAGCUGGACAACCUGGACCCAGCCCCUCCCCCCAACAACAACAACGGCCCCUGGGACCCCCCGGACCCCCGAGCUUGGGGGGACCCCAAAAUCUUCGAGUGCUCGCGGAUCAAAGCCUUGGCUGACGAGCGGGACGCGGUGCAGAAGAAGACCUUCACCAAGUGGGUGAACGCUCACCUGGCGCGCGCCGCCUGCCGCGUCGGGGACCUGUACUCGGACCUGCGCGACGGCUUCGUGCUCACGCGGCUGCUGGAGGUGCUCUCGGGGGAGACGCUGCCCAAGCCGACGCGGGGCCGGAUGCGGAUCCACUCCCUGGAGAACGUGGACAAGGCCCUGCAGUUCCUCAAGGAGCAGCGCGUCCACCUGGAGAACGUCGGCUCCCACGACAUCGUGGAUGGCAACCACCGCCUGACCCUCGGCCUCAUCUGGACCAUCAUCCUCCGCUUCCAGAUCCAGGUGAUCAAGAUCAAGACCGAGGACAACCGGGAGACGCGCUCGGCCAAGGACGCGCUGCUGCUCUGGUGCCAGAUGAAGACGGCGGGCUACCCUGAGGUCAACAUCCAGAACUUCACCACCAGCUGGAGGGACGGCCUGGCCUUCAACGCCCUCAUCCACAGGCACCGGCCGGAUCUCAUCGACUUCCACAAGCUGACCAAGUCCAACGCCACCUACAACCUCCAGCAGGCCUUCAACACGGCCGAGCAGCACCUGGGGCUCAGCAAGCUGCUGGACCCCGAGGAUGUCAACAUGGAGGACCCCGAUGAGAAGUCCAUCAUCACCUACGUGGUGUCCUUCUACCACUACUUCUCCAAGAUGAAGGCGCUGGCGGUGGAGGGGAAGCGCAUCGGGAAGGUGCUGGACCAGGUGAUGGAGAUCGCGGCCAUCACGGCGCGCUACGAGGCCUUGGCGGCCGAGCUGCUGGCCUGGAUCCACCACACCAUCACCAUCAUCACCAACCAGAAGUUCGCCAAUUCCCUGACUGGUGUCCAGCAGCAGCUCCAGGCCUUCACCGCCUUCUGCACCCUGGAGAAACCUGUCAAGUUCCAGGAGAAGGGGAACCUCGAGGUGCUGCUCUUCACCAUCCAGAGCAAACUCCGGGCCACCAACCGCAAGCUCUACGUGCCCAGCGAGGGCAAGAGCAUCUCCGACAUCAACAAGGCCUGGACCUGCCUGGAGAAGGCGGAGCACGAGCGGGAGGCGGCCUUGAGGAACGAGCUGAUCCGGCAGGAGAAGCUGGAGCUGCUGGCCCAGCGCUUCGACCACAAGGCCAUCAUGAGGGAGACGUGGCUCAACGAGAACCAGCGCCUGGUCUCGCAGGACAACUUUGGCUACGACCUGCCGGCGGUGGAGGCGGCCAUGAAGAAGCACGAGGCCAUCGAGGCCGACAUCUCCUCGUACCAGGAGCGCAUCCAGGUGGUGGUGGAGCUGGCCCUGGAGAUGGAGUCCGAGGGCUACUACGACACGCGGCGCAUCGGCGCGCAGAAGGACAACAUCCUGCGCCAGUGGGCACUCCUGACCGAGCUGGUCCGCGCCCGCCGUGCCCGCCUCGAGCAGAACCUGGCGCUCCAGAAGAUCUUCCAGGAGAUGGUCUACAUGAUCGACUGGAUGGAGGAGAUGCAGGUUCUUCUGGUCUCCAAGGAUUUGGGGAAGCAUCUGCUGGAGGUUGAGGACCUCCUGCAGAAGCACGGGCUGCUGGAGGCCGACAUCUCGGCCCAGACCGAGCGCGUCCAGGCCCUCAACGCCGCCGCGCUCAAGUUCUCGGAGCUGGAGGGCUACCAACCCUGCGACCCCCAGAUCAUCUGCAACCGCGUCAACCACGUCCAGACGUGCCUGGAGGAGCUGGAGGAGCUGGCGGCCAAGAGGAGGAAGGAGCUGGAGGACUCCCGCCAGCUCUGGACCUUCUUCCAGGAGAUGGAGGAGGCCGAGGCCUGGAUCCGCGAGAAGGAGAAGAUCCUGGCCGCCAAGACCUGCGGCCGCGACCUCAGCAGCGUCAUGACGUUGACCAACAAACACAAGACCAUGCUGGGCGAGCUGGGCAACCGCCGGGCACUGCUGCACCAGACCAUGAAGAAAGGCGAGAAGAUCCUGGCCAAGAAGUCCUUCAGCUCCGUGGGCAUCCAGGAGAAGAUGCGAGAAGUCUGCCUGCGGUGGAAGAAGCUGGAGGAGGUCACGGGGCUCCACCAGCAGCGCUUGGAGGACGCCCUGAACUUCUUCCAGUUCAGUGCCGAGACGGACGACCUGGUGGCCUGGCUGCAGGACACGUACCGCAUCGUGUCCAGCGACGACUUCGGCCACGACGACUACUCCAGCCAGGCCCUCCUGCGCAAGCACCGCGCCGUGGUGGACGAGGUGGAGAAGCACCGCGCCGCCGUCCUGUCCCUCCGCAAGCAGCUGGCUCUCCUGGCCCCCGACCACCGGCAAGGCGUGGACAUCCAGAUCCGCGUGGUGGAGGUGGAGCAGCUCUACGGGGAGGUGGCCGAGGUGGCCGUGCUGAGGACGCAGUGGCUGCAGGACGCCUUGGCCGUUUACCGCAUGUUCAGCGAGGUCCACGCCUGCGAGGUGUGGGUGGACGAGAAGGAGCAGUGGUUGGAGAAGAUGGAGGUGCCCGAAGAGCUGGAUGAGGUCGAGGUGGUCCAGCACAGGUUCGAGAGCCUGGACCAGGAGAUGAACAGUGUCAUGGGGAGAAUCCUGGACGUCAACCAGGUGGUGCAGCAGCUGGUGGACGGUGGCCACCCCAGCUCAGACGAGGUCCGGUCCUGCCAGGACCACCUCAACAGCCGCUGGAACCGGGUGGUGGAGCUGGUGGAGAACAAGAAGAGCCAGCUCAGCUCGGUGCUGAAGAUCCAGAACUUCCUCCUGGAGUGCAGCGAGAUGAAGGCGCAGGUGCGGGAGAAGAGAAAAGCCAUCGAGGCCACCCAGUCCGGUGGCAGCGACCUGGGCGGGGUCCUGGCCCUGCAGCGCCGCCUGUCCACCAUGGAGGCCGCCCUGGUGGUCCUGGAACCGCGGCUGGUGGAGCUCCAGCAGGAGGGCGAGGCCUUGGCCGCCGCCCACCCCGACCGCGCCCUGGAGAUCCUGCUGCCCUUCGAGGAGAUCAGCGAGGAGUGGGACAACCUCAAGCGAGCCCUCCAAGGUUGCGAGGACACCCUGACCAUCGCCGGCCGUCUCCAGCAGUUCAUCCAGGACCUGGACAACUUCUUGGGGUGGUUGGUGAAGACCCAAGCGGCCGUGGGCUCCGAGGAGGUCCCUGACAGCUUGGCCGAGGCCGAGCGGCUGCUGAACGUCCACGUGGCCCUCAAGGAGGAGAUCAACGGCUACGAGGAGGACUACGCCAAGAUCCAGGCGGCCAGCGAGCUGCUGGCCCUGGAGGAGAUGGAGGUGCCCUACCUGUCCCUCCAGCAGUGGCUGCAGAAGCUGGACGCGGGCUGGGGGAAGCUCCUGCAGAGCUGGGAGAUGAGGAGGGAGGUCCUGGUGCAGUCCCACAUCUUCCACCUCUUCCUGCGCGACGUCCAGCAGUGCCAGAACAGCCUCUACAACCAGGAGACCACCCUGGCCCACGCCGAGCUGCCGGACACGGUGGAAGGGGUGACCAAGGCGCUGAAGAAGCACAAGGACUUCACCACCACGCUGGAGCUGAACCUGCAGAAGGUCCAGCUGGUCCUGCAGGCCGGCGAGAGCCUCCGGCGCCAGCGCAACCUCCACAGCGACCGCGUGGCUGAGGCCAUGGAGGGGCUCCGGGCCAAGAGCCAACGCAACCAUCAGCUGGCCCAGGAGUGGACGCGGCGGCUCCAGGACCACCUCGAGCUCCAGAGGUUCCUCCAGGACUGCCGCGAGUUGGAUGGGUGGAUCCGAGAGAAGGCGCUGAUGGCCGGGGACCCCUCGCGGGACCCCCCCCCCCGGGACCCCCCCCAGCCGGGGCUGCCCGGGAGGAGCUGCACCAACAUCUCCCCAACCCUUGGUGAUGAAUUUAGGGGUCCCACGGAGGGUGAGGAGCUGGUGCAGGCCAAGCCGGAGCUGAGCGGGGCGGUGCGGCGGCAGCUGGAGGAGCUGAGGAGAUGCUGGCAGGAGCUGGAGACCACGAGCCAGGCCCGGAGCCGGCGCCUGGCCGAGGCCGCGGCCGCCGAGCGCCUGGCGCGGAGCUACGCCGACAUGGAGGCGCGGCUGGGCCGGCUGGAGGAGCAGCUGGAGAGCGUCGGCAGCGGGGCCGACCUGCGCAGCGUCAGCCGCCAGCUCAAGAGGCUGCAGACGAUGGAGUCGCAGGUGGAGGAGUGGUACAAGGAGGUGGGCGAGCUGCAGGCGCAGGCGGCGGCGCUGCCGGCGCAGGCGGCCGGGCGGGACGCGGUGGGCGAGCGGCAGAGCGCGGUGGGGACGCGCAUCGUGCGCCUCAUCGAGCCCCUCAAGGAGCGCAGGAGGAUCCUGCUGGCCUCCAAGGAGGUCCAUCAGGUCAGCCAUGAGCUGGAGGACGAGGUGAUGUGGGUCCAGGACCGCCUGCCCUUGGCCCUGCUGAAGGACCACGGCACCAACCUCCAGACCGUCCAACAAUUCAUCAAGAAGAACCAGAACCUGCGCCGGGAGAUCCAGGUGCACCGGCCCCGCGUGGACGAGGUGCUGGAGCGCGCUGCCGCCGUGGCCUCCAUCAAGAGCCCCGAGGCCGAGGGCGUGCGGUGCCUCCUGGAGCGGCUGGGGACGAUGUGGGCGGAGCUGCAGGAGCAGACGGAGCGCCGGCAGCAGACCCUGGAUGCCACCUACCAGCUGGAGCAGUACUACUUCGACGUGGCCGAGGUGGAGUCGUGGCUGGGAGAACAAGAGCUGCUCCUGAUGAACGAGGAGAAGGGGAAGGACGAGCAGAGCACUCUCCAGCUCCUCAAGAAGCACCUCCUCACCGAGCAAACCAUCGAGAACUACGAGGAGACCAUCGCCCAACUCUCCCGCCAGUGCCGCGCCCUCCUGGAGCUCGGCCACCCCCAGAGCGAACAGGUCAGCAGGCGGCAGUCGCAGGUUGACCGGCUGUACGUGUCUCUGAAGGACCUGGUGGAGGAGCGCAAGGUCAAGCUGGAGCAGCAGUACUGGCUCUACCAGCUCAACCGCGAGGUGGACGAGCUGGAGCACUGGAUCGCCGAGAAGGAGGUGGUGGCCGGCUCGCCCGAGCUGGGGCAGGACUUCGAGCACGUCACGCUGCUGCAGGAGAAGUUCCUGGAGUUUGCCAGCGAGACGGGCAGCGUGGGACAGGAGCGCAUCGCCGCCGUCAACCAGAUGGUGGACGAGCUCAUCGACUACGGCCACACCGACGCCGCCACCAUCGCCGAGUGGAAGGACGGCGUCAACGAGGCGUGGGCCGACCUCCUGGAGCUGAUGGAGACGCGCGCCCAGAUGUUGGCGGCGUCCCACGAGCUGCACAAGUUCUUCAACGACUGCAAGGAGGUCCUGGGGCAGAUCGAGGAGAAGCGGCAGCGGCUGCCGGAGCUGGCGGCGCGGGAGGGCAGGACCUCGGCCGGCGCCCUGCAGAGGGCCUUGGGCGCCUUCGAGCACGACGUGGAGGUGCUGGUGACGCAGGUGCGGCAGCUGCAGGAGGGCGCGGCGCAGCUGCGGACGCUCUAUGCCGGGGACAACGCCGAGGCCAUCGCCGGGCGCGAGCAGGAGGUGCUGCGGGCGUGGAAGGAGCUGCUGGCGGCGUGUGAGGAGUGCCGGCUGCACGUGGCCAGCGUGGCCGACAAGAUCCGCUUCGUGGGCACCGUCAGGGAUCUGCUGGCCUGGAUGGAUGGGGUGCUCCACCAGAUGGGCGCCGGGGAGAAGCCCAGGGACGUGUCCUCAGUGGAGCUGCUGAUGAACGACCACCAAAGCCUCAAGACUGAGAUGGAGGCCCGGGCCAAGAACGUGGCCACCUGCCUGGAGCUGGGCAAGACCCUCAUCCUCGGCAAGAGCCCGGCGGCCGACGAGAUCAAAUCCCACAUGGAGAAGCUCCUGGCAAAGAAGAAGGAGAUGACGGAGAAGUGGGACAAGCACUGGGAGUGGCUGCAGCAGAUGCGCGAGGUGCACCAGUUUGCGCAGGAGGCCGUGGUGGCCGACGCGUGGCUGACGGCCCAGGAGCCGCUGCUGAAGAGCCAGGAGCUGGGCAGCAGCGUGGACGAGGUGGAGCAGCUGAUCCGGCGGCACGAGGCCUUCCGGAAGGCAGCGGCUGCCUGGGAGGAGAGGUUCAGCUCCCUGCGGCGCCUCACCACGAUCGAGAAGCUCAAGGCCGAGCAGAACAAGCAGCCGCCGACGCCGCUCCUGACCCGCAAGUUUUUGGGGGAAGCCCCGGGAGGUCCGGACCCUCGCCGGCCGGAGCCGCGCGUGGCCUACGUUCGGCACGAGCUGCGGCCGGAGCGCCUCCAGCCCAAGCUUGACCGUGUCCAGGCGCCGGCCGCCGAUGGAGGAACCCCCGAGCCACCCCCGGCCACCGCCGCCGUCACUGCGGCCACCCCCGCGGAGCCCCCCGUGGCCCCCAAGGCCGAGGAGCCCGGCGAGGUCCGGCCAGGGCCACCGGAGCGGCGCCGGGAGCGCCGGGAGCGCCGGCUGGAGCGGCAGGAGUCCAGCGAGCCGGAGCCACCACGGCACGACGGGAAGGGCGGCGGCAAAGCCACCCUGGCCGACAUCGUGGAGCAGCUGCAGGAGAAGGAGGCGGGCGGCCCCAUCCCUGGGUGUCCCCUCAAUGUCCCCUCCUGUCCCCAGCCCCGUGACCGCGACUCCCCCGCCCGUCUCCCUGCUGGCCCCGAGGCCCUCCCGGAGAGGACCCCGAGGCCGGAGCGUCCCCGUGCCCGGGACCGGCCGAAGCCGCGGCGCCGACCGCGCCCCAAGGACUCGGGGCAGGGCCCGGGGGAGCCGCGGCGCUCGCGGUCGGCGCCGGCGCAGGGCAGCGCUCCCCCGCCGCCGCCGCCACCUGCACACACGGUGACGCACGAGGGGUUCCUGCUGCGCAAGCACGAACUCGACGGCGCUGGCAAGAAGGCGUCCAACAGGUCUUGGGUCAACCUCUACUGCGUCCUGGCCAAGGGUGACCUGGGCUUCUACAAGGACGCCAAAGGCCCCGCGGCCGGGGCCACCCACGGCGGGGAGCCCCUGCUGAGCCUGCACCGCGCCACCAGCGAGGUGGCCAACGACUACAAGAAGAAGAAGAACGUCUUCAAGCUCAAGACGGGCGAUGGGAGCGAGUUCCUGCUGCAGGCCAAGGACGAGGAGGAGAUGCAGGGCUGGCUGCGGGCGCUGGCGGCCAGCGCGCAGGAACACGCCGAGCUGGCCCGCUGGCACCAGGGUCUCCUCACCACCUCCUCCACCGACGAGGGGCUCCCCCGGCGCGACCCCGACCGGCCCCGGCGGAAGUGACCCCCCAGAACCCUGACUUUGGGCUCCUGGCCCCCACAAAACCCAAAUUUGGGGGUCCUGCCCCACGCCCGAGCCCCAGUUUUGGGGUCCCGAGUCCCGGUUUACGGGUCCCAGCCCCCCCCCAAAACCUCAAUUUUGGGGUUCUGGCUCCCCCAAAACCCUGA